GAAAAUUUAGAUUUGUUGCGAUGUGUGUCGUGCUCUGAAAGAGAUGGAACGUGGUACACUGCCGUCAGUGAGACUGGAGCCGGUAAGUUUAUUUGGUUUAAAAUUUGAAAACUAUUGCAUUCAUGUUUCCGAAGUCCUCUUUGGUCCAAGAGGACCACAUCUAUCAUACAUGAGUUCGAAUCACUCAUUGAAUACGACUUUUUGCUUUUAAUGGAGCAGUUUUCGGCAAAGUUUUCAACGAGACAUCUCUUAACUUUCCCAACUACAAUGAUGGCCCCUUCAUGUAUCAGCAGCUUGACAUUGCGGUUCCUAUUUCUGGUGAGGACGACAAACUCCGAAGAUUUGCAGCGAAAUUGGGAGCUUCCAUUAAAAAAUUUCGGUCUGGAUUAUUUGGUGCGAAAAUCACGAUCCGUCUCUUGAUUACCAGAUUUCCAUUCGAAACACCAGCGGUUGGAACCAGAGGGCUGGAGAAGUUUCGGAAACACCUAGCUAAGGCUGCCGGUCUGUUGGAUGUAGCCGAUGAUGUUGUAUUUGUCCCCGUGAAGGGUGUUUCUCAAUUUAGCCGUGCAAAGGCUGUGAAUGCUCUGCAUCGCAAAGCGUAUCAUGAAGAUAACAGCGCCUUGGCCGUAAUUGAUGUAGACCUGUCCAUCGAAUCCAAAUUUCUCAGGAAUGCGUUAACAUAUACAUUUCCGGGCGGUACGUUGAUAUUUGUAUGUUUAAGUUAAGAAACCGAUUCCCAUGUCAGACUCAGAAUGGUGUAUUAUUCCUCAUUCAUCGCAAAUGCAGCCUCGGCAUAUUUUCCAAUUAUGUUUUCUGCAUACGAUCCAAAAUCUGUGGAACUUGUCGAUAAAUUUAUUCCACACAACAACCGUUAUAGAUUUUCCGAUCACCACGGACACUGGAGAAAGUUUUCUUUUGGAAUGUAUGUGAUAGCGGGAUCGGAUGCACCGCGUCUCUCAAUGAACGAGGAUUUUGUAGGAUGGUACGUGCUAGGCACAAUCAAAAGCUUUCAUUUAUAUGAACAAAGACGGAAGUCUCACUUGUUCUGAUUCAUCAAUAUUUAAAUUCUGUGAACCACACGACUGAUCAACAGGGGUGGAGAAGACAACGAUUUUUUUUCUCGAGUUUCGAGAAAAUUAAACAUCAUCCGUCUGCGAGAAACUGGCUUAACCCAUGUAUGGCAUCCCAAGCACUGUAAACUGGGUGGAUUCGUGGAAAAAAAAUAUUAUCAGGCAU